AUGGCCAAUAACGUGAUCAAAACCUCUCGAGUCGGUCCUGCAACAAGUUUGGUCGACCCUCUCAUUCUCCCACUCACUUUCUUCGACUUAGUUUGGCUACCAGACAAACCUACGAACCGAGUCAUCUUUUACAAACUCACCGAGUCAUCUAGCGACUCCUUCUACUCCGUGAUCCUCCCCAAGCUCGAGCAAUCUCUCUCCCUCGUCCUCACACACUUCCUCCCUCUCUCCGGUCACGUCAAAUGGGACCCACAAGAUCCUAAACCCUACAUCGCCGUCUUCCCGCAAGACAGUGUCUCUCUCACAGUGGCCGAGAUCACCGACGCUGACUUCUCUCGUGUUUCCGGCAAAGGGCUUCGUCACCAGACUGAGUUACACCCUCUAGUGUCCGAGUUACCAGUUUCUUCCUCUGACUCAGCCUCUGCUUUCACUUUGCAAAUCACUUUGUUCCCGAAGCAAGGCUUUUGCAUCGGACUCACAAUCAACCAUCUUGUCAUGGACGGCAAAACUGUGGUGAAGUUUCUCAAAUCAUGGGCUCACAUAUGCAAGUACGGAACAACACCGCAAGAUCUUGAUUUACCUAUGCUUUUAGAUCGUAAGGUCAUCAAUAUUCUACCGGAACUCGAAUCAGAUUUCUUCAAACGCACGCCAUAUCUCUCAGGCAACGCACGUGGAGACGACGGAGAUACAGUUCCUUUCACGUUCGUUGCUGAUUUCAGAGACCGGUUAGACCCGCCGGUUCCAGUGAACUACUUUGGGAACUGUGUUUACCUAUCAGCUUCUCUGGAGACAAAGCCAAGACGUUUUUGGAGAAGAUGGAUUUGUAAAUGCUGUCAAGAUUCUAAGCGAUUCGGUGAAGGUUUGAUUCACGAGGAGCUGAGUCAAUAUGGGAGUUGUACGAGGAAGGAAUAA